AAAAAAUUAAAAAUAAACACUAAGGGGCCACAAACUAAAAAAAAAAAAAAUGAAAAAUAAACACAAACGGGCCAAAAGUAAAGAAUUUAAUAAGUGAACGUAAUAAGGGAAUAACUGAAAACUAAACAAUGCAAUAACUCAAAGGUUUGGCGGGAUAAGAAGAGGAAGGUUAUGUGACGUGCCGUUAGAUAAGAUAGAUAAGAAAUGAGGUUUCCUGUCGUCCUGCUAGUCAAAAAGUACCCGAAAUUCUUUAAUAUUCAAAUUUAAUUGACUUGAAUCUCAACACAUAGAAAAACUUUUUCCAGUUUUAAUAUUGAUUGAAAAAAAAAUGUUGUGUACUUGAACAAUGUUACUGUGGCCAGUAUAAAUAAACAGCAAUAACUCUAAGUCUUGAACCUCUAAAUCACCGGGUAGUUCGCUCCAAAAAAUCGAUAAUACUUGAGGUUGCAUUGUGGUUCAAGAAUGGUAUUUUGAUAUUUCAAAAGUUGAUUGGUAGUAUUCUCAUUCAAAAUGCAGUGAAAUGGAAGGAAGUUUCUAUUUUUCCAAAUCUUUGUUCGUGAUUUUCAGCUUCUUAAUACUUACAAGUUUGUCUAUCGAUUCAGUUGAAAAUGAGUAUUUUUCUACUGAAGAUGAUUCUCAGUAUAUCUCCAGCAGUAUUCCAGUUUCUUUUCACAAGGAAUUCACUGAGGCUGCUAGAAGAAUCAGUAUUGAUGAGUCCCUGUUCAGCUCAAGAAUUCUCCUCAAGUUUCUUCCUCCAAUAUUGGACUUUAAAGAAAGAUAUUUGGGCAUUCCUCAUCAAGAAAAAGUGACAAUAGUGAAUUUAAGUUGUAACAGGAGCGUUUUAAUGUCUUCUAUUUCUGGAAAUACUGUACAUUUUCAUAGUUCAUUUUUCCAGGAUAAAAUUAUUCCACCUCUUGGUAAUACAUCUUUUGAUGUUGUAUUUUUGGGAAGGGAAGAAGGUGAAUUAAAAAGUCAGUUAUUCAUUCAUACGUCUGAAGGGAGUUUCAAGUACCAGGUUAUUGGUGAAAUUAUUAGUAGUCCUUAUCGUUUAAGGCCUUUUUCUGGUGUCAAACUUCCUUUAAAUGCAUCAUACAGUCCUGAAAUUCUGAUGCACAAUCCAUUUGAAACAUCAUUACAGCUGAUUGAAGUUUAUUCGAGUGGAAAUGAAUUUCAACUUGAGCUUCCAUCUGGAGAUUUAGGUGGCCCUAAACAAAUUUGGCAAAUACCAGCUUUUCUAACUAAACCAAUAAUUAGGUUAAAAUUUGAUGCUACAUCUCAGAAAAAUCAUUCUGCUUACAUAAGAUUGAAAGUUGAUAAAGGUGAUGUACUAAUAGUACCUGUUGAUGUAGAAGUGGGAGCUUCUUGUGGGUUAUACGCACCUGAUGAUCUUAUUGAUUUUGGUAUUGGUGGAACCAGAGAUCCACCAAAAGUUAUUAAAUUAUAUUUGAGAAAUUCAUGGAAGAAAGCUAUUACUGUUCAGAGUAUUUCUGAUUCACUAUCUUUAAAUGCAUUGAAAAUUCAAUUCCAGCCAGUUGUAGUACCUCCUAAUUAUAAGAAUCCUACAGAAGUUGGGAUUUUGACAUUUGAUUGGAAAUCUGUUCGUGUUACUGGUUUAAUAUCUGGUAAAAUCGUGGUCAAAAGCAAUUAUAGUGGCCAAAAACUGAUUAUUUCUUAUAAAGCUGAAGUACUCAAUGGAGGUUUAGAAUAUAACUGCAGUCAAGCUAAAUUUAAACUGGAUGAAAGUGAACAAGUACGACCAAUAACUAUAAAGAAUAAUUUUGAAGUACCCAUCGCAAUUACUAAUAUUUCUCUUCACCAUUCAGCAGCACCAUAUUUUGAGAUCAUUAAUUUUACAUUGACAGUAAUUAUGCCUGGGGUAACUAAAGAUAUUGGUUUGCUGUUUUUACAAGAAGAAGUUUAUAUAUCUCAAAUUAAAAUUGAUUCUUCCCUAGAAGUUUCUACGAAUGCUUCAGCUAUUACUAUACCAUUAGUGACCUACAAUGGCAAAUUAAAGAAGGUUAUUACUUGGAAUUUGAAUGAAACUUACAUUAAUUUGGGAACAAUAGGAAUCGGAAGUACUAAGCUGUUCAAUUUUGGCCUACUUAAUGAAAAUCCAGUAGGUGUUAAUAUUAGAAGCGUAAAUGUGAACAUAUCACAAGCUAUUAUUGGAAUUGUGAGUGUGGAAAAAGGAAAUAUUUCUGAAGCUUUAUUAGCUAUUGUGUCGGAGUAUGAAAACAUUCCAAUGAAGGAUGUUUACCUUGAAACUGGAAAUUACUGCAUUGUUACUGCUAAAUUUCCAGGAGGUCAAGAUAUUGGAGAGAUAUAUGGUCAAAUAACUAUAAUUACUGAAUUUGAAACAAUAGAUAUUUCUGUAAAAUUUAAGGUUGACUAUGGAAGCCUUGAAAUUAUCACUGACCCUGUAAAAUUUAACAAUUGCUUUCCUAGUGCCAUAUGCAGUGCAGAACUGAUUGUUGAAUCACGAUUUACGAUUGGAAUGGCAGUUACUGGUCUAAUGAGUAUACCUGAGCAUUCGAGGCUUGGUUUCCUUCCAUCAUCUUCUACUCAUAUAUUACCAUUUACACGUACCUUUCUUGGUUAUGUAACUUGGAACAUGACAGGAAAUGAUUACUUAUCAUAUAUUGCCAAUUCAUCUGGUGUCCAUAAAUGGCUAGAUACUUUAGAAUUGCCUAUUUAUACUAGAGAAUGGGAUAUAAGUUUACUUGUUACUCAUUAUGAAAAUUAUUUGAAAAUGUCAUCAGAAUUGUUGAAGUUAGUUUUGUGGUUAGAUACUACUGAAGUCAGAAAUUUGAGCUUCAAAGCACUUAUAAAACCUUCUUGGCCAUCAUUAUCAUCUAUUCCUUCCAAAGUUAUAGAAUUCCCAUUAACACAAGUUGGAAAUAUGUCUUACAAGGAUCUUAUGAUAUUAAAUCCUUCCUCAAAACAGCCUCUGGUAGUGCAGCUUGUACUAGAGCCAAGUUAUCCUUUAUCAGCUGGACUUAUAAAUGAUUUUCCAUCCAGAUUGAGGCCUUUCAAUACUACUUCAUAUGAACCUCUUAUUGAUCAGUCAGAAAAUUCAUUUUUUAUUGUCUUAGAUAAAGAGAUCAGGCUACCUUUAUCAGUAAAACCUCAUAAAAAAUCAGUUGCCUUUUUAUUAGACCCUUCAUCAAAUAUUCCAAUCACAUUAGCCUUCAAACCAGAACGACCUGAAAUUAGUUCAUCAUUGUUAAUGAUUCGCAACAAUCUGACAGUUUUGGAAGUAGUUAAGUUAAUGGGAUCUGGAGCAUAUGCCCAAUUUAAAUUUGGGAAUAGGCGUCCUGGUAGUGGAACUCCAUUAAUGUUUGAACUAUCUGAGAAAUAUUUACAAAUUUGUGAAAGAGAAAUUGAUGAAAAAGACGUAUUACCUAACUUAACAGUUAAAAGAUCAUUUGUAGCUAGAAAUACUGGUGCUCUGCCUCUGACAAUUAUUGAUUUUACAAUCAGUGGUCAUUCUUGUAGAGCAUUUGGUUUUAGAGUCAUUAAUUGUCAACCAUUUAUUUUACUUCCGAAUUCAUCAAGAAAGAUUGACAUAGCAUUUACACCAGAUUUUACCCUUUCUCGGAUAACCCAUACUUUAACAGUGUUAACUCUUGAUGCUGCUGUAAAUUAUACAUUAACUGCUACACUCCCAUCGUAUAUGCUCUCAUUAUGCAGCAGUGUUAUAAAACGUCCUGGCUGGGAACCUCUUGUAUAUUAUUCUUCCGUAUCAUUUAUGUUAUUUCUUCUUAUAUGUGUCUUGGCAGCAUCUUUUUUCGAAUCUAAUAGGAUAUUAAGAAAUACCAUAAUUACUUUAUCUCGAGAAAGCAAUGUUCAGCCUGUUUUGGAUUUAAGAAUGAUCGGUUCUGAUGUCUCUGGGACUGAGCAAACUUCUUUACAAACUGAAUCGCAGUGCAAAAUAAUUUGGACAUCUAAUUCCUACAGAGACGAUCAGAUUAAUAAAGAUAUCCAAAAACCUAUCAGUGAAAGUAUUUUUACUAUCAACUGCAGUAACAAAUGUCAAAUUCUAAAUAAUGGAAUAAAUUGUAAAAAGAAGGCUGAGCGAACAAUCUGUAAAAGAUUUUCUGAUGGAUCUGAAAAUUACAUUGAAAAGACAUGUUGGGAAACUUCUUUUAGCAGAUCAAAUACUUCACAACUUGUGAAACCUCUUAAAACGUCUAUUUGCAUUACUACUGAGCCGUAUAUCCCCUUAGCUAAUAUCAAAACAAGAGAUUCAUCUAUACAAAAGCAUAAAUUUGGCUCAAGUACAAAGUUUGAACAGUCAAGAUUUAUUGAAUUACAACCACGUAAAUCUAAAAAAAAAAGUCAUUCCUUACAUAGUUAUGAUAUAACAAAAAAAAAGUCUGUUGAUUUGAUACCUAUGAGAAAUAUUUUUGAGGAGAGUGAAUCUUCAACUACUUCUGAAUCUACUUCAAGUGAUGGAGAAAAGGAUGUGGAAAGCAUGUUUUUUCAAUCAGUUCGUCAUCAUUUACAAAGCAAAGUAGCAAGAAGUCGACAUUUGAAAUUAUCCAGUUCUUCACCAUUAACAAAGAGAAAGAAACCUCUUGAAAAAUCUGUUGGAAAUCUUAUUGUUAAUGAAUGGGACAUUGAAGAAGAAGACAACACAGAUAAGGCAACUGUUGUUAGGAAUAGUCGUAGAUCUACCCCUACUGUCAAACAACUUAAAAAGCAAACUGUGAACUAUGGAAAAUUAAGAUAUGACCAAUCACAAUCAAGAGGAAAACAAAAUGUAGGAGAAAGAAGUAUGAAAUCCUCCAUGAGAAAAGACAAAGCACAGUCUGCUAAAAAACGAAAUGAACGAUUUGAAAAAAGAGUUGCUUCUGCUAAAGCCACUACCUUGAUGGUUGCUCAGGACUGCUCCAUACCUUCACCACCAGUGUGGACUGCAUCAUUUAGUGAUGUUGUAGCUGGAACUGACAUAUCAUACUCCAGUGUUGUUGCCACAAAACAUAGUGCUUCCUCUCAAAAGCAUGUUGUAAAUUCUUCUUCCAGAGUCCGAAGAAUACCAUGUGAACCAAACCAAUCCAAUUGUCCACAUCCAAAUGGGCUACUCAUCCCGAUUUCAAGGAUUAUGCCGUCUCUCCAUGCAAGUGUUUGGCUCGGAUCUUAUUCAUUCCCAAGAUUCACAAACAACUCUCUCAAACUGUUUACCCUGGCCGGUGGUCAAUUUUGCCGGUACUUCAAAUCUUAA